ACACGCACUAUAAGGUAUUAAAAUAGUAUGUAUAAGAUUGUGGCUAUAGCAUUGCUUAUUGGAGCUGUGGCAAGUGUACAUGCUCAACAAGUGAACAACAAUAUUGAAGAAUAUAUUUAUCAAAAUAAACAGCAAUAUGCUCAAAAUAUACGAGAUUAUGAUCAGCGAUUAGAAGUAUUUAAACAAACAUAUAAGGCUAGUCUACAGGUGAUUCCGAAACGUCUGGACAUGCUAGUCGAUAGUAUUGGUCAGACAGAGAAACGUUUAAAUAGCCUUGAAAUCUUAAGUCAACAAUGUGUUCAAAAGUAUCGUUCAAAGUUACCCAAUGUGAUUAUUACCAAACAAAAAAUCAAUUUGUGUUAUACUACCGCUAAUAGCCAAACUGAUUAUUUGGUGGUACCAGCUUUUGAUACUAGAACAUCCUUAGAUAACUAUUAUAAAUACAAAUUCGAAGGUAACUUACAAAGUUGUAAGAUACAAAUUGGCGAUUACAAUACAUGUGUAAUGAAUGCAGUAUCCAAUGCUAAUGCUUAUACAGCCAACAAUCGUAAGACAUUUGACAAACAAAUGCAAACCGCCCAAAUUAAAGCUUAUACCAAUACCGAUACAGCUUUCCAGUGCAGUUAUUCCACACAAAAUCAAGCAACCUCUGCCAUAGCUGAGAUCAAUAUCUUGACAGAUAGAUGCUUACAGGGCCUUGACAAUUGCAAACCUUGCACAAAUCAAGGUUAUUCAUGUUCUGCUGUUAAAUUUUUGGAACGUUCUGAGAUCGAUUAUAACAAUCCAUUAAUGAGUAAUGUUUUCUAUGGACGUUAUGAUGUGACUGAUUGUUUGUUGUUGAAGACAUUAAAUUAGAUAAAUAUAUCAAGUUGUGUUUGUAAUAAAAAUAAUUUUUUUAUAAAAAUAAAUUAU